AUGUUGUUCCUCCCGAUGAUUCAAGCUGUUGCUGGUUUUCGCCAUGCUAAUUACCAGAGAACACCCGCAUCUUCAGAAGAACUACUUCACAGGCAGCUCCAUCUGAUGGAGAGAGACUUGGAGGAGGUUACGGAAGAGUAUCAUAGGUUUCGAAAUGCUAGAGACUGCUAUUUCCAGACAUCUGUGAAGCGGAUGAGAACAUUCCUGUUGUAUCUGGCCUCUGGUGGUUACCAUCGGCAGGUGGGCUAUACUCAAGGUAUAGCCAAAUCAACUGCAAUUCUCCACAAUCAGGAUGUUGCAGACUUCUUUUUCCAAGUUAGCCCCCGCUACAUUUCAUUGCCAGGGCGUGAGGAACUGGACAUUUUGAGUUCAAGACUGCAGGAUGUGCAGGGGAAUGAGAGAAAUGUUAUUCUUUAUAUUGACGGAGUCAUUAUAAAGAUCCAACGCCCAGAUCAUGCUGGGGAUGCCUACUACUGUGGUCGUCAUGGUAAAGGAUGUGACUCAAUAAAUGUCCAGAUAAUCUGUGACAAAUUUGGUAGAAUUAGACACGUGAUAACUGGAAUACCAGGGGCAACGCAUGACAAGACGGCAGCAGAGUUUUGUCGCCAAUUCAGGACUUUUCUUGAUGGACUCCCCCCUGGGUAUGUUGUUCUUGGUGAUCCUGCCUACAGGGGUUUACACCCAUCGGUCCUUCAUACUUUCAUCGGACGCAACCUGAAUCCAGCGCAACUCCAGUUCAAUGACAGGUGCACUCGUCUCCGCCAAAUAGUUGAAAGGACAAUUGGUGCAAACGAGUUAAAGUGGAGGAUGAACCAGCUUAAGGAGAACCGGUACCCCGCCAAAUCUGGGCCAGAGUUCGCUUCUAUGUGUACCAUUGCUACAUGUGUUCUGCAUAACCGGUUCACAAACUUUCUGAAUAAUUAA